GCGGGGGGGGCCUCUGGAGGGAUGUGAGAGCCGUCUGUGUCCCUUCGUGCGCGCUCACUGCCGCCCUCGCGCGCUGCGUCCCUGCGUCCCGGCUGAGGCUCCCCUCGGCCUCUCCGGCCGGGCCCCACGUUAUGUCGUGAUCCCGGGCGGGCGGCGCUGCUGCUGCUGCUCAUGGGGCUGCUCAGGAUUAUGCUGCCGCCCAAGUUGCAGCUGCUGGCGGUGCUGACGUUCGGGGUGGCCGUGCUCUUCCUGGAGAACCAGAUCCAGAAGCUGGAGGAGUCCCGCGGCAAGCUCGAAAGAGCUAUUGCAAGACAUGAAGUCAGAGAAAUAGAACAACGUCAUACAAUAGAUAGUCCUCGACAAGAUGCAACUCUGGAUGAAGAUGAUGAUGUGGUGAUCAUUUACAACAGAGUACCUAAAACUGCAAGCACAUCCUUCACAAAUAUUGCCUAUGACCUUUGUGCAAAGAACAAAUAUCAUGUUCUGCAUAUCAAUACAACCAAAAAUAAUCCUGUUAUGUCACUGCAAGAUCAGGUGCGAUUUGUGAAGAAUGUAACUUCCUGGAAGGAAAUGAAACCAGGAUUUUAUCAUGGACAUAUAUCUUACUUGGAUUUUGCAAAAUUUGGUGUUAAAAAGAAACCAAUUUACAUUAAUGUCAUAAGAGAUCCUAUAGAACGACUAGUUUCUUAUUAUUACUUUUUGCGGUUUGGAGAUGAUUACAGACCAGGGCUACGAAGGCGAAAACAGGGGGAUAAAAAGACCUUUGAUGAAUGUGUAGCAGCUGGAGGAUCAGACUGUGCUCCAGAGAAACUUUGGCUUCAAAUUCCAUUCUUCUGUGGCCACAGCUCAGAAUGCUGGAAUGUGGGGAGCAGAUGGGCUUUGGAACAAGCCAAGUACAACCUGAUUAAUGAAUACUUCCUAGUGGGAGUCACUGAAGAGCUUGAAGACUUCAUUAUGUUAUUGGAGGCAACUUUGCCCCGAUUCUUUAGGGGUGCUACAGAACUGUACCGGACAGGAAAAAAGUCUCAUCUUAGGAAAACAACAGAGAAAAAGCUCCCAACAAAAGAAACCAUUGCCAAGCUGCAGCAGUCGGAAAUUUGGAAAAUGGAGAAUGAGUUCUAUGAAUUUGCACUGGAGCAAUUUCAGUUUGUCAGAGCACAUGCAGUUCGGGAAAAAGAUGGAGAAUUGUAUAUUCUGGCUCAAAACUUUUUCUAUGAAAAGAUAUACCCUAAGUCGAACUAAGAACAGGGUAUAUUGUUAGAUCAAUGGACUAAACCUUUGGUCACUUUGUCAUCUUAGUUCUCAGCCCUGGAAAAUAGUUUGCUGGUAGACCUCUGAGGCAUUUCUCUCUAGAGCUGAGGAAAGUGGGCUGUGGAUCACACCAAAGGUGUUGGAUACUUGACUUAAGCUUCAGUUCUUUUAUCUAACUAAUAGUUUCAGUGGGAAUUAUUACCCUUUCCCUGAAGAAACAUACAUUUUCCUUUACAGAUAUUAACUGCACAGAGGUUCUGGUUGAAAAUACAAACAAAAAAUGCUUCUGUUUAUGCUGUUGAUUCUCAGAGCAAUUUAUUUUCAUUUAAACUUCUGUAAACAAGAAAUCAUUUGUUUUCCCAGCUUCUACAUGGAGAUUUUGGUUGUAUACAAUUAAGAAUAGUGUUAAUAACUGGUUGACAUCUGUGCUUUGUUUUUGUGAGUCACGUUACAUGAUAUUCAUUGGAAUGAUCAAUCGUGUUCUGCUAAGAAAUGCUGCUGCUGGAUUUGCCCAUAUAUAUAAAUGUGAUUUUAUUAAAAAGAAAAGUUAUAACUAAUCAUUAGUAUUUUAAAAAAAUAAUUUCCAUAUUAAUAUUGUAAAAAGAGAAUCAAGGCAGUAUUUCCUUUUUCCUCCCUCACUCCAACUGCCAGUGAAGUUGGGAAAAUUCUGCAAGGAAACUUGGCAUUGCCUGCAGUUCUAGUUAAUGCUAUAAAAAAAACUAGUAAAUUCAAUAUCAAGUUGCUCCAUGGAUUCUUUGUAAUGACUGUAAACUGAGAUAUUGGUGAAUCCAUAUUAUGACUCCAUUAGUGAGCUGUGGUAUGGUUUGGGUUUUCCUACUUCUUCUAUACUUUUACCUGUAGAAUAUUUUUACUAUGGUGCUUUAUAAUGUGUUUUAAAGCAUUGCAUUUACAAAAGGAGUAAAAUGCUGUAAAUACUGCAUAUUUUAUGUAUUUGGACCAAAAGGUUACAAAUAAUUAGCUGAAAGUGGUUUUUGCACCAGUUUUGUUACAUGUGAAGUAAAAACCAUCUCAUCUGA